AGUUUUUUUCUUUUUUCUUUUUCUUUCCCUCUGCGACAUGGCUCCUAGAAUCAUCACCUUAGAGAACCGUUAAAGUAAAAUUGUGCACUGAGUGGUGAGCUUUGAUUAAAUUGAAGCAAAUGCAAAAGCUUCAAUGGCGUGCUUAGUCUCCUUCACCUUCCUUCUUCCGUUAUCAGCUUCAAAUGUAAUCUACAAGGAGAUGCAUUCAAAGAAUUUAGUUUUGGGCAGAGUUAGAGUCUCAGGCCAACCAUCUUAUAGAACAGUAAUAUGUAAGAUUGGACUAAAUAAUUGGAGCUCGGGACUUGAGAGCUUAAGAUUGUCUUUUGGACAAAGUUUAACAACUUGGGAGAGGAACUCAAUUUGAUGCUAGUGGAUGAGGAUGAUACCGUUGAGGAAGAAAGUCGUUAUUAGUUUAGUCUUAUUCUACUCUUUAGUCUUCUAAUGAAGCUGAUUUUGUAUUUAAGCUAAAAUGGAUGGUCUGGAUGACUUAAAUUAGCUAUGUACUAGAUAGAAAUAAGGAAUGAUGGAUGAUAGGUACUAUUUUGGUAUUUUAUUAACUUAUUAAAUCUGACUAUUCGGUGAUUACAUAACUGUGUGGAUAUUAUUAUUCUUUUAUAUUGAUGAGUGGUCCUGAUUUUGUUAC